AGAGGUAGGAAAGACCUGUAAGUGAGACAAAUCAAGCCUGUGACAGCGGAGAAACUUGAGUUUUAUAACAAAUAAAUACCGAACAGAGACUGAAAGAGAAACGGUACAAUGUCCUUAAAGCCGCGGGUGGUGGACUUUGACGAGACAUGGAACAAGCUACUGACGACAAUCAAGGCUGUUGUGAUGCUCGACUAUGUGGAGAGAGCCACGUGGAACGAUCGGUUCUCCGACAUUUAUGCCUUGUGCGUUGCAUACCCAGAGCCUUUGGGUGAGAGAUUAUACACAGAGACCAAGGUGUUUCUUGAGAAUCAUGUUCGGCAGUUGUACAAGGUAAGCACUCGCGAAAAGCAUUUUUAUUUCUGCAUUAUGUCUUCUUUCCACAACGCAUGUAACGCUUGUCUGUGUGUGUGUGUGUGUGUGUGUGUGUAUUUUCAGAAAGUCCUGGAUUCGGAGGAGAAGGUUUUAGUGAUGUACCACAGAUACUGGGAUGAGUACAGCAAAGGAGCUGACUACAUGGACUGCUUGUACAGGUACCUCAACACUCAGUUCAUCAAGAAGAACAAGCUAACAGAAGCAGACCUACAGUACGGCUACGGGGGAGUGGACAUGAACGAGCCGCUCAUGGAGAUCGGAGAGCUGGCGCUCGAUAUGUGGAGGAAGCUCAUGAUCGAGCCCCUUCAGGCUGUCCUGAUCCGGAUGUUGCUGAAUGAAAUCAAAAAUGAUCGUUGUGGGGAGAACCCUAACCAGAAGGUAAUCCACGGGGUCAUCAACUCCUUUGUUCAUGUUGAACAGUACAAGAAGAAGUUUCCACUAAAGUUUUAUCAGGAAAUCUUCGAAGGGCCAUUUCUGACAAGAACGGGAGAGUAUUACAAGCAGGAAGCCUCCAAUCUCCUGCAAGAGUCCAACUGCUCACAGUAUAUGGAGAAGGUGUUGGGGCGGUUGAAAGACGAAGAGAUGAGAUGUCGGAAGUACCUGCACCCCAGCUCCUAUGCCAAAGUCAUCCAUGAAUGCCAGCAGAGGAUGGUGGCGGAUCAUCUGCAGUUCCUGCACGGGGAGUGCCAGAGCAUUAUUCGGCAGGAGAAGAGAGAGGACAUGGCCAACAUGUACACCCUGUUGCGGUCCGUGUCCAACGGGCUGCCCCACAUGAUCCAGGAGCUGCAGGUCCACAUCCACAACGAGGGCAUCCGAGGCACCAGUAACCUCUCUCAGGAAAACAUGCCAACCCUGUUUGUGGAGUCGGUGCUGGAGGUUCACAGUAAAUUUGUUCAACUCAUAAACACAGUUCUAAACGGAGAUCAGCACUUCAUGAGUGCACUCGAUAAGGCUUUGACGUCCGUGGUGAACUUCAGGGAGCCCAAGUCCAUCUGUAAAGCCCCUGAACUUCUGGCGAAAUACUGUGACAAUCUGCUGAAAAAGUCUGCAAAGGGAAUGACGGAGAACGAGGUGGAGGACAAGCUGACGAGCUUCAUCACGGUGUUCAAGUACAUAGACGACAAGGACAUCUUUCAAAAGUUUUAUGCCAGAAUGCUAGCGAAGCGGUUAAUACACGGUUUAUCAUUGUCAAUGGACUCAGAAGAAGCCAUGAUCAACAAACUAAAGCAAGCUUGUGGCUACGAGUUCACGAGCAAACUGCACAGAAUGUACACAGACAUGAGCGUGAGCGCCGACCUCAACAACAAGUUCAACAACUUCAUCAAGACGCAGGAGACGGUGGUGGACCUGGGCAUCAGCUUCCAGAUCUACGUAUUACAGGCUGGAGCCUGGCCACUCACGCACGUCCCCUCCUCCACAUUCGCCAUCCCUCAAGAGCUAGAGAAGAGUGUGCAGAUGUUUGAGUUGUUCUAUAAUCAGCACUUCAGUGGGAGGAAGUUGACCUGGCUGCACUAUCUCUGCACAGGUGAGGUGAAGAUGAACUACCUGUCCAAGCCCUAUGUCGCCAUGGUGACCACCUACCAGAUGGCUGUGCUGCUGGCCUUCAACAACAGCCUGACGGUGACCUACAAGGAGCUGCAGGACGGCACCCAGAUGAACGAGAAGGAGCUACAGAAGACCAUCAGGUCCCUGCUGGACGUCAAGAUGCUCAACCACGACUCGCAAAAGGAGGAGAUCGAAACCGAGUCCACGUUUUCGUUAAAUAUGACUUUCACCAGUAAAAGGACAAAGUUCAAGAUCACCACGUCGAUGCAGAAAGACACACCACAGGAGAUGGAGCAGACGAGGAGCGCCGUGGACGAGGACCGCAAAAUGUAUUUACAAGCUGCUAUAGUGAGAAUCAUGAAGGCCCGCAAGGUGCUCCGACACAACGGCCUCAUCCAGGAGGUCAUCAAUCAGUCCAAAGCCAGGUUCAACCCAAGUAUCAGCAUGAUCAAGAAGUGCAUCGAGGUGCUCAUCGACAAGCAGUACAUCGAGCGAAGCCAGACCUCGGCAGACGAGUACAGCUACGUGGCGUAGGGGGAGCCCCCUCCGCACAAACACUCAGCCGGCAGACGCAGGUUUAAAAUCAAUAACAAAACAGACUCAUUCAUCCAUUUCGGUUUUGGACUGUCGCUGUCUGCUGUGAUUCUACGCGCGGUGACCCAAAAGGCAGGACUGGUGCCUCCAUCUUUUGAAAAAAACAAACAAGAAAAAGGUCAUCGUGUCAACGUCACGACAGCCAGCUAACGCCACCUCCCACGAGACCCUCCUCCCCGGCCCCACCCACCGUCUGAUUUUUAAGCUGUUUACAACAUCACCAGUGCCACGCACCCCGUGCGUCAAAAACGACAAAAAAUAAAUUGCCUAUCGCUGUUCCAGAGGGAAGAGCCGAUAAACAUCGACCGGAAAAAUUAAGUUAAAAAAAAAAAAAAAGGAAAAAACUUGGGGAAAGAGUGAGUUGUGACACCAAUGACACCAUUGGUGGCUAAUGUGCAGCCACCAAUGACACCAUUGGUGGCUACACAUUUUUAAAAAAACAACAAAAAAAAACAUGCUUUUUUUUCUCACGUUUGCAGUUGUUGUGUGUUUAUUUUAAUUUUCUUUGUUAAAUGUACUGAAGUUAGGAAAAUAUAUUGUAAUAAAACUGGUAUACUGACUAUUGUAUCUACUUUCAAAUGUAAAGAAAAAAAAAACAUGAGGUGACAAACAUGAUCCUGCUGCUUGUCAAAUAAAUAAAUAAAAACACUGAAA